AUGACCACAUCACACUUAAAAAAUAGUGAAAGUAUAUUUGAGUUGAGUGAAACAGAAAUUGAAAUAAACAAUUUAAUAAAUUCUAUAAAAUUAAAUGUUGAUGAAUUAUAUAAUAAAUCAAAUAAUAUUAAUCAAUUAAAUUUAGAAGAAGAAAAAAAAUUAUUAAAAGAAAUUAAAUUAAAAUCAGAUCAAGUUAUUCAAAUAAUUAAAAAAACCAAAAUUUUAAUAAUAAAACAUAUUAAAAAUGAAGAUAGUAAUAAUAAUAAUGAUGAUGGUGCAAAUAUUAAGAUUAUAUUACCAAUAAAGGAAGGAUUUAAUAUUCAAAUAAAAGAAUUGGUUCAAUCAUUUUAUAAAGUAAUUUAUUUUUAUACAAAAAGAUUAUCAAUGAAAAUGUUUCAAAUGUAUAGAAUUAUUAAAUUUGAUUUAACAGAUCAAGAAAUUGAAAAAGCAAUUUAUGUUGAUAGUUCACCUGAUCAAAUAUUCUUUAAAUCUUCAUUUGGAUUUAGUGAUUUCUCAGAGAGUGCAAAACAAGCACUAGUUUUCAUUCAAUAUAGACAUUAUGAUUUAAAAUCUUUGGAAUUAAUUUUAAAAGAGAUUCAAUCAACUUCAAUAGAUUUUAAUAUUAAUUGGAAUUUAUUAAUUGAUACUAAUAAAAUCAUUUUAAUUUCUCCAACUUUACAAUCAAAACAACAACAACAACAACAACAACAACAACAACAACAAAAUAUAAAAGAAAUUGAAAAUAUUAAAAAAACAUUAAAGAAUUCAACAAAUAGAAAAUUCCUAUUGUUUAAUAUUUGGUGUUGUGGAAAUAAUUAA